AUGACUAGAAAAACUGUCUUCUCCGACGAGGAGCGCGAUUGGAUGGAAGACUACAUGGAUGAGUACCGUGAGAACUCGACGGAGCGCAACCUCAACGACUGGUUUCUCUUCUUGACGCCAUUGUGGUUCUUGGCCUUUCCCGAGUCGCCUACGCCCGAAGAGCUCGCAAGUUGUGGUGGUAACGCCAAUGAGGCGGCGAUGCACCCGGACUGCGUUCAGCGCCGUUCCGAGCGGAUGGAGGUCCGCAACUGGUUUGGCAACAACUCCCGGGUUCGCCCUUCCGGUCCCGCUGUGCCUGGUCUGGCACGUCCGGCCCGCUCGUGCAUUCUCAAACCUGCACGUAAGCCGAAGAAGCCGCAGCUGUAUCAAGCAUGGAUGCGCGUUGCAAUGGCUGACAAGGACCUGAAGACUACGUUCGAUGAGGCUUGGAAAAAAGCGAAGGGAGAAGGCUGGUCAAAGAAGCAAUCGCUCAAAUUCCAGCGUCAAUUCGCCGAUGAGCAUAUGCCACACAGCGACCCCAUUACUAUGGCCGCCGUGCAUGCCUAUCGUGACCACGGCUACCUGUUGAAGGACGAGUCACUCAUCAGCUUCGACGAUGACAAGGAAGAAACACGCUACCGACUGGCUUCCGCCAAACAAGAAGCUAUCAACAACCUUCCCUUUACUUUGACAAGAAUGCUUGACAGCUGGGCUCUCGAAACCGGAUGGCACUUCUCGAUCAUCGCAGGCGGGCCGUUACCCAGCUUAGGCGGCAAGUUGAGGACAUUAUACUAUGGAUCAGGUGUCGAUCGCGCGGGUCACAGGUUCGCGACUUCCAAUGCCAAAUUCCGGGAGGAAUGGGAGGGCUCAUUCUCCAGUUUUUGCGAGAGAUCAUGGACUAAAGAACAAUGCGCACAACUUGAUAUCCGUUCCGCGGAGGACCGCGACUCCUCUGAAGACGCUGAAGCAUCAUCUUCUUCAAGCUGUGCUUCCGUCGCAGCUACCGAUGAGCCUCAGCCCGCCUGCAUCGCGGCUACCGUUGAGCCUCAGCCCGCCCCCGUCACGGCUACCGUCGAGCCUCCGCCCGCCCCCGUCGUGGCUACCGUUGAGCCUCAGCCCGCCCCCAUCCCCGCUACCGUCGAGCCUCCGCCUGCUCCCGUCCCGGCUACCGUCGAGCCUCCGCCUGCUCCCGUCCCAACUUCCGUCGAAUCUCAGCCCAUCCCCGUCCCGGCUGCCGUCGAGUCUCAGCCCGUCCCCGUCCCGGCUGCCGUCGAGUCUCAGCCCGUCCCUGUCCCGGCUACCGUCGAGCCUCAGCCCGCCCCGAUCACGGCUACCAUCGAGCCGCAGCCCGCCCCCGUUGCUGGUUUCAUUCAGGAUGCUACGGGUGCUAUUGCACGCCCAGGGUUAGCUGCUCGCGAGGUCUUGCAGCCUAUGAACAUAGACAUGACAUACAUGGAUCCCGCGGCCUUCCAAUACCCAAAUACCUUGAACUUCGGCACCGUGGAUCCGACGGUUUUCUCCGCUUUUGAUUCCAAUUAUGGCGCCAUGGAUCCUAUGUUCUAUGGUUCGAGUGCUUAUCCUCAAGACUUCAGCUACAUGAACGCACUUCUUGAUCUCCCAAGCAUCCCAGAACACCCCUCUGGAGCUGUAGCUGCUCUCCAUUCGCCGGUGCCGCCGGCGUCUGUCGCCCUCCUUCCUCCGGUGCCGCCGGCGUCUGUCGCCCUCCUUCCUCCGGCUGCUCUUGGUUCUGCUCAUCUUUCCCCGGUAUCUACAAGCUUGUCUGAGUCAUCUGCCACUGUGCCCACCACUUGUCAACCAAUUUCUUCCGAUGUUACAGGCAAAGCAGCUACUGCAAACGAACCGGAUGUCCGCUCUUGUGCCGAAAUCUUGCCUCCGCCCACUACCGCUGCGGAUCCCAGCCCUACCCUGCCUCCGCCCACUACCGCUGCGGAUCCCAGCCCUACCCUGCCUCUUGAGAAAGCGCGCGUAACAUCCUCCAACUCUAAUCGGCCUGUAAGCGUCCGCGUGUCCACGCGAACUCCCAAAAUCAAGAUUAACGGCGCAAACGGGUUUGUCGUUGACUUCUCGCUUUCCACUGCCAAGCUCGUCAAGCACAUUCGGGCUUCCCCGGACCUGCCAGAUUAUUUUGUCGAUACUGUUGCCUUCGUAGCGGACUCCGUGACGCGUGCCGACUUCCACGCCAUGCUCCGCGCCUUCAUUCUGUUUGAAUCCAAGGGCCGCUUUGACAGCCGCAAGGGUAGUACAACAUCCGCAAUGCGACCCUCCAUGACCACUAAAUGGAUGUCGACGAAACGCACCGAAUAUACUGUCGUCAGUGCAAAUCCUGUCGCAGACGCGCAGGCGUGGUGUGGCUGGUAUACCGCAAUUCAGCCCGAUUGGCGCCGGAAAGACGCCAUGCCGCAUUCUCGCGAGCUUCCGAUCGAUCAGGCCCCAGACUUCCCGGAAAUCAAGACCGGUAGAAACGGGGUUGUCGUGGUUUUGCUGACUUUGGUCUGGAUCUUCCUUGGCGCUUCGGCGCAAGGUGAUUCUGACGUGUGCAGCAAAGUCUUCGAAGCCGUUGACGACAUGACAUGGAUGCUCACCACAGCCAUGAAGGGGCGUGGAGACACGGAAACUGUGUCUCGGCCUCGCAAAAGAGCUGCCAAACCCAAUGACGAAAACCUGCAACCCGCGAAGAAGAUGCGUAGAACUCGUGCAUAG